AUGCCUUGGAUAAGACCAAUUUCAGGAUCGUGAAUAUCUCUCCGUAUCAUGGCCCACGUGAGACACUUUCGGACAUUAGUUUCGGGAUUUUAUUUCUGGGAAGCAGCACUGCUACUCAGUUUGGUUGCAACAAAAGAAACAGAUAGUGCAAGAUCUCGAAAUGCUCCAAUGUCACCUUCUGAUUUUCUGGAUAAAUUAAUGGGGAGGACAUCAGGGUAUGAUGCAAGAAUCAGACCCAAUUUUAAAGGCCCUGCAGUUAACGUCACAUGCAACAUAUUCAUAAACAGCUUUGGGUCUAUUGCUGAGACAACCAUGGAUUACAGAGUGAAUAUCUUUCUUCGUCAGAAAUGGAAUGAUCCUCGCCUUGCAUACAGUGAAUAUCCUGACGACUCAUUAGAUCUAGACCCUUCCAUGCUGGACUCCAUUUGGAAACCUGAUCUGUUCUUUGCCAAUGAAAAAGGUGCCAACUUUCACGAAGUUACUACAGACAACAAACUGCUGAGAAUUUUCAAGAAUGGAAAUGUUCUUUAUUCAAUUAGAUUGACAUUAACACUCUCCUGUCCAAUGGAUCUCAAGAAUUUUCCAAUGGAUGUGCAAACAUGCAUAAUGCAACUGGAGAGUUUUGGAUACACAAUGAAUGACCUCAUUUUUGAAUGGCAAGAUGAGGCACCUGUACAAGUGGCAGAAGGACUCACCCUGCCCCAGUUUCUGUUGAAAGAAGAGAAAGAUUUACGAUACUGUACUAAGCAUUACAACACAGGAAAGUUUACGUGUAUAGAAGUGCGAUUCCAUCUUGAACGACAAAUGGGAUACUAUCUGAUCCAAAUGUAUAUUCCCAGUCUCCUGAUUGUUAUCCUGUCAUGGGUUUCGUUCUGGAUCAAUAUGGAUGCUGCUCCAGCCAGGGUAGCUUUGGGAAUAACUACUGUGCUGACUAUGACCACACAGAGUUCAGGAUCACGAGCUUCCUUACCAAAGGUAUCAUACGUCAAAGCUAUUGACAUUUGGAUGGCAGUAUGCCUACUUUUUGUGUUUUCAGCACUUCUGGAAUAUGCAGCUGUAAAUUUUGUAUCAAGACAACACAAAGAGCUUCUGAGAUUUCGACGAAAGAGAAAGAAUAAGACAGAAGCUUUUGCAUUGGAGAAGUUUUACCGUUUCUCAGACACGGAUGAUGAGGUAAGAGAAAGUCAAUUCAGCUUCACAGCCUAUGGAAUGGGACCAUGUCUGCAAGCAAAAGACGAUGUGAUCCCCAGGGGCCCAAACCAUCCUGUGCAGGUAAUGCCGAAAGGCCCUGAUGAAAUGAGGAAGGUCUUUAUCAACCGGGCCAAGAAGAUUGACACCAUCUCCCGAGCCUGCUUCCCAUUAGCCUUUUUGAUUUUUAAUAUUUUCUACUGGGUUAUCUAUAAAAUUCUUAGGCAUGAGGAUAUUCAUCAGCAAUAA